AUGAAUCAUUUGGAGGAAGAGGAGGACGGAGCAGAGUCUCUGAUAUCCAGCCGUCUGUCUAUGAAGAGUGACUGGUCUAAAGGUGAUCCUCUAGACUUCGGUAAUGAACCUGGACCCUCAGACACAAAAGGUCAGCAGCACAGACAGAGAGCAGAGUCUCUGAUAUCCAGCCGUCUGUCUAUGAAGAGUGACUGGUCUAAAAAUGAACCUCCAGUCUUCAGUAAUCAACCUGGACCCUCAGACACAAAAGAGAGGAAGAGGAGGGGUGUUUCUGUGGAGGAGCAGCUAUCCUGCUGUUCUUUGUGUCAGGACGUCCUGAAGGAUCCAGUCUCUACCAGCUGUGGGCACUGGUUCUGCAGACUGUGCAUCACCUCAUACUGGGACCAGUCUGCUUCAUCAGGAGACUCCUCCUGUCCCCAGUGUGGAGAAAGAUCCAGAACAAGACCUGGACUGCAGACAGACAGUCAGACCAGCACUGUACAAAAAAGUGGUCUGCAGGAGGUUUUAGAUGAACAUAAGAUCAGUCUGAGGAGGAGAUGUGAAUGCGUGACUGAAGGAACUGAUGAAACAGUAAGUGAAACCCUCCUCAACAGGAUCUACACUGAGCUCUACAUCACAGAGGGACAGAGUGAAGACGUUAAUACCCAACAUGAGGUGAGGCAGCUUGAAGCAGCUUCCAAGAUGCAGACCCUCCAUGACAGUCCAAUCAGGUGUCACGACAUCUUUAAAGUCUUACCUGACCAACAGAAACACAUCAGAGUCGUUCUGACCAACGGCGUCGCUGGCGUUGGAAAAACCUUCUCAGUGCAGAAGUUUACUCUGGACUGGGCAGAGGGCUCGGAAAACCAAGAUGUCAGUCUGGUGAUUCUGCUUUCGUUCAGGGAGCUGAACUUGAUCAAAGAUGAGCAGUACAGUCUCCUCAUGCUGAUCCAUGAUUUCCAUCCAACAUUACAGAAGGUCACAGCAGAGAAGCUCGCUGUCUGGAAAGUUUUGUUCAUCUUUGACGGCCUGGAUGAAAGCAGACUUUCACUGGAUUUCAACAACAGGAAGGUCGUGUCUGAUGUCACACAGAAGUCAUCAGUCAACGUGCUGUUGACAAACCUCAUCGAGGGGAGGCUGCUUCCCUCGGCUCUCGUCUGGAUAACUUCCCGACCUGCAGCAGCCAAUCAGAUCCCUCCCACAUAUGUUGACAGGGUAACAGAAGUACGAGGCUUCACUUACGCCCAGAAGGAGGAGUACUUCAGGAGGAGAUUCGGUGAUGAAGAGCUGUCCAGCAGAAUCAUCUCACACAUCAAGACAUCCAGGAGCCUCCACAUCAUGUGUCUCAUCCCAGUCUUCUGCUGGAUCACUGCUACAGUUCUGGAGCACAUGUUGACUACAGACCAGAGAGGAGAGCUGCCCAAGACCCUGACUGACAUGUACUCACACUUCCUGCUGGUUCAGACAAAGAGGAAGAAGCACAAGUAUGAUGAAGGACAUGAGACGAGUCCACAGGAGCUGACGGAGGCUGACAGGGAACUUCUUCUGAAGCUGGGGAGGCUGGCGUUUGAACAUCUGGAGAAAGGAAACGUUAUGUUCUACCAAGAAGACCUGAAGAAGUGUGGUCUUGAUGUCACAGAGGCCUCGGUGUUAUCAGGAGUUUGUACAGAGAUCUUCAAAAGAGAGAGUGUGAUCUUCCAGAAAACAGUCUACUGCUUUGUUCAUCUGAGCGUUCAGGAGUUUCUGGCUGCAGUCUACAUGUACCACUGUUACACCAGCAGGAACACAAAGGUACUGAAGGACUUCCUGGGAAAAGACUACAGUUACUCAUCUCUGGAUUACUUCCUGAUGAGAGCCAUGAAGAAAUCUCUCAGAAGUGAAAAUGGCCACCUGGACCUGUUUGUUCGCUUCCUUCAUGGCCUCUCUCUGGAGUCCAACCAGAGUCUCUUAGGAGGCCUGCUGGGUCAGACAGAGAACAGUCCAGAAAUCAUCCAGAGAGCCAUCAACAACCUGAAGAGGAUGAACACUGAGGAUAUCUCUCCUGACAGAAGCAUCAACAUCUUCCACUGUCUGAUGGAGAUGAACGACCACUCAGUACAUCAGGAGAUCCAAGAGUUCCUGAAGUCAGAGAACAGAUCAGAGAAGAAACUCUCUGUGAUCCACUGCUCAGGUCUGGCCUACAUGCUGCAGAUGUCAGAGGAGGUUCUGGAUGAGUUGGACCUGAAGAAGUACAACACAUCACGGGAGGGACGAUGGAGACUGAUCCCAGCUGUGAGGAACUACAGAAAGGCUCGACUUGUUAAUUGUGGACUCUCAGAGACUCACUAUGAAGUUGUGGCUUCAGCUCUGAAGUCCAACCCCUCCCAUCUCAGAGAGCUGGACCUGGGCCGGAACAGUCUGUCCAAAUCAGCAGUGAAGCAUCUGUCUGGUGGACUGGAGAGUCCAAACUGUAGACUGGAGACUCUGAGAGUGAGGAGCUGCGAUUUGUCAGAGAUCAGCUGUGUUUCUCUGGUCUCAGCUCUGAAGUCCAACCCCUCCCAUCUGAGAGAGCUGAAUCUGGGAGGAAACAAAAACAUGCAGGGUUCAGGAUUGAAUCUGCUGUGUGAUUUUCUGGAGAGUCCACACUGUAGACUGGAGACUCUGAUAUUGGGGUGGUGCAAUUUGUCAAAGAUCAGCUGUGAUUCUCUGGCCUCAGCUCUGAAGUCCAACCCCUCAUCCCAUCUGAGAGAGCUGGAGCUGACAGGAAACUACCUGCAGAGCGAAGAUGUGAAGCUGCUGUCUGAUCUUCAGGAGAGUCCAGACUGUAGACUGGAGACUCUGAGAUGGAAGUGAUGAUCUAUGUCAGAGUGUGAGUGAACAUCCAGGAGUGUGUGUUGAGAGAGGAUCAGCUGGAUCCUGAUGAUCCAUCUGGACCAAAGUCUGGAUCUGGAUUUUGUCAUCUUCACUUAAGUCUCUUAACUGACUACAAACUGAACAGUUAUCUCUGGAUUUUG